AUGGCGGCCUCCAUGGAAACUGUUGUGCGUGGUUUCGGCGCGUUCAGAGAACAACUCACUCGUCGUUUUUUCUUAUAUCUAGAGUGAAACUUACGUGCAGAGAUAAGUGCUUCAUGCCCGUGUGACGAUUUGGAGUCCACUACCGCUUUCGAAGUACUACUAGAUGUCAGCUCGUCUUUGUUAUAAUGAAGCUGAAACAUCUCAAGAGCAUAUUAGAUGAUGUCGAAUCUUUUGAUUCUCCGAACGUUCACUUGGAGCAAUACCCCACGCCACCGGACAUUGCAGCACACAUGAUGCACCAUGUGUUCAGCCAAGGGGAUAUCGAAGGCAAAUUGGUGGCCGAUCUUGGUUGCGGUGCGGGAAUAUUGAGCAUAGGCGCUGCGGUUCUGAAUGCAGGGCUUACAGUGGGAUUUGACGUCGAUGCUGUUGCCCUGCAAGUCUGCUUGCAAAACUGCACGGACAUGGAAAUAGGUGCCGUGGACAUGAUACAAUGGGACCUCACUCGGCCACCAGACCCGCGAUGGCGAGGUGCAUUUGACACUGUUGUUAUGAACCCUCCGUUCGGCACUAGGACAAAGGGUCUUGACGUGGUUUUUUUGAAAGCCGCACUCUUCAUGUCAUCAGGUUCUGUGUACAGUUUACAUAAGACUUCAACGAGAGAUCAUAUUAAGAAGAAAGCUGACGAAUGGGGUGUCAACUGCAGAGUUGUGGCGGAACUUCGCUAUAACAUCGAUCGAUUGUACACAUUUCACAAGCGUGACUCAGCGGAUGUUGCCGUUGACUUUGUCCAUUUCUCACCACGCAAAGUCCCAGGGAGCUUAUAGAUUGCAGGACAUCCUGUUACAACUUAUAUGGCCAUUAUUACACGCAAGUAACACAUUUCACAAUUGAGGAUGUAAAAAACAGUUUAUUUGGCAAUGUUUACAAACAUGGGGUCAUGAUUCUAAGUUGCAUAUAUACAAAAGCAAGCCAUGCAUCUUAAGAACUUGUGGGCAUGAGUCAUAUCUACGUCAGCAAGUUCUACUGAUUACAAAACAACUCACAAAUCACUAUAUAUAACACAUUUAACAAUAGGGUACUGUAAGUAUGCUUUAUCACUUUUCAGUUUGCAAAGCUUAGUAUGUCUGCGGUUUUUAGCUUUCAGCGUGACACAUCGGAAGGCCUACAAGAAAACCAAGUGUCAUUUCAUUGCUUUUUAGGACUGAUAUGUGUUUGAAAAGAAACAACUUGAAAAGAAACAAUAGUCUUUGUACCAACUCUUGCUGGUGACCAGUAAAAAUGGCUUGUCGAAGCUGUCUUGUAACACUGACGACAUAUAUUAGCUUUGUUACUGGGAAAACUCGUCUCAUGCUAAUAAAUGAAAAACAAGUAUUUACAUAUAGAAACAUGUUCUCAACCGUUUCCUAAUGACUUUAUAAAAAGCAAGUAGAGUAAUAGAAGUAGUAAAGGUGUUCAAGAGUUUUUGAAUACGUGACAUCAGUAAUAUUUGUACUUUGUUUUUAUGAUUUCAUGACAUUUUUGUGAAUCAGAGUGUUCAGUCAUGUGACCUAGUAAGUGCAGAUGCAAGAUAUAAAAAACAAUCUGUCUGCAUGAUUGGCUAACAGGUCAUUCUGCAUACGGUCACCACAUCUAUUUAUUCACUUCACCGGUUCAAUAUUAUUGAUGGGCUCAGAAUCAGGUAUGUAAAGUGUUAAUUGAGGUACACUUUACAACAUGCCACUAACUCAUCUAAUGGUGUUGGUGGUUUGUACUUCUCACAUGGUUAUUGCCAAGUUCUGACAGUUGAUUUUGCACGUAUAUUGUAUAUAAAAUAAAUGUAACGUUAAAAUAAUUUUUUACAUGUUGCUCCAACGCUGUGACAGCUUAAUAUGCGCCUGUCUAAUAAGAAGAGAGGACACUGAACAGGUGUAUGUGUAUAGAAGAAGCAAAUAGUACAGGCAGAUGGCUGUUUCACAUGCUAUGACUGCAGCAAAAAAAAUCGUUCCAUCCGCUCUAUUCGCUCUGUUCGCAAUCGCCGCUAGUGGCGGUUUCAUUUCGCAUGGGCUGCGAAUGGGCUGCCAUUUUCGCUCUGCGACUGCCGCGGUGCACAGUGUUGCUUGCUGCUAUUCUUUGGGGUAGACACUGCAUAAUUUUUCAAAUGUAGUGUAACAAUUUACGCGUUAUGAUACCAUAAUGUCUUCAUGAAUGGUUGUGAAGAGCACAUGUUUUUUGUCAUUUAGAAAUGCUUUCCAAUCAAAAUUCAUUUCUAAGUGUGCAACAGCGACCAUAACCAAAACAAACUCAUCAACGAAAUUUUGAUGCCUCGACCGGCUCGACGCAAUUUCGACGGGGCCUGACCAAAAAAAUCACUCCACCCCUGCGAACGAAGCGAAAAAUCUUCAAAAUUUUGGUCGCUCUCCGCUGACCAUUGCAGCGAGAGAGAUUGGCCUGUUUUUUGCCGCGAGUGAAUUCGCAGCCUGAAAAUUGCUGUGUUUCGCGUCAUGUGAAACGGCCUGGAGACCUGAUGCCAGAUUUUAGCACUUGCAAUCAAUAUGUACAACAUCCUGUUAAUAAAAGAAAAACAAGUUCGCAAAGUUUU